GUACGCUCGGCUGGUGGACGGCGAACCAAGGAGGAAAUUUCACGCGAGAAUUCCAUUCGUGUCCUUGCUCAGUGCAAAAUGGGUUACUGGGAUGUACCAGAGGGCACAGACUGCGUGGAAAAAACAUGGAUCACGACCAAACUGGGAACUGCUUUGGGCCUGGUUGGUUCAGCCUAUCAUAUUGUGGCAUUCCAGCCUGACUCUGCAUUGGCAGCACUACAGAGGGCCACCAGCGCAACAGUUACCAUGGCCACCAUGGGAGCGAUCUUUGGAAUGACAACUUGUCUCACUGCUCAGGCUCGUGAAGCGCCAGAUGAUCCCCUGAAUUAUUUUGUUGGGGGCUGUGCCUCAGGGAUCUUUCUGGGGGCCAGAACCCACAGUGCUAUUACUGGUACAUCAGCAUGCCUGGGUCUAGGUACACUGGCCUUCUUCACAAAAGUCGGAAAGAUGGAAGGAUGGAAGCUCGCUGGACCCCCAAAACUAUAGGAGGAAGAUGACUGUCUGAAUAUGUUUAUGUUGUAUAAAGAACCAAUUUAUUAAAUUCAAUAAAGUUCUUGUGAAAAUGACAAAACAAA